AUGGGAAUAACGAUAACGUGGUUGCAGUCCAGUCUCCAGACUCCACAAAAACCAAAUCCGACAGCCGUUGGCCGUGAUAACGUGGUUGCAGUCCAGUCUCCAGACUCCACAAAAACCAAAUAUCGUUUCAGUGAGUGGAAUCAAGACGUUAACUGUGUAAUUGAUUUCAGAAAACUUGGUGAAUUACAGAGAGCAAAUAUGUUUAGAUCACAAGUAGCAGUUGUUUGGUUUCUCUUCUUUUUCCUGGUCUGCAAUGCGGGAGAUCAAGAAGUGGCAGCUGAGACACUUGAGUUUUCAAGUAAAGAUUCCCAUCUGUUCAACCAAACUUAUCCUAAGGCUUUACUAGCUAUUGAUAAGUGCCCUAAGUUGAAGAUCAUUAUGUCGAAUAUAUAUCCUGGAUUCGGUGAAACAAUGACGAACUGCACCUUCGAUGUGUUGACAGAAGUUAUAAGCACGAAGAUGGACUACCGAGAACUUAUGAAGAAAGGGUAUUGCUGUUCAGAGCAUAGUAUAUAUAGAAGAAUUUACUGGUCUAUUCAUGAAUUACUAUAUAAAGGAGAAAGCGGUGAGUAAUUCUGCAAAACAGGUAAAGAAUACAAAAUUAUUUUCGAAAAAUGUUUAGGGCAAGUGUACGCAAGUGUCGCUGAAAAAUGUCGCGACAGAUGGAAAUAAUGCAGACGAGAGCAAACACACAAGCACACACGCACACAAAUGCACUCAGGCAUUAGUACACAAGAACAUAAGGCGAUCAGUGAAUGAAAUUUCAGACAUCAGUUCUAGUCUAUUUCAUUAUCUCAUUGAACUUACUCUGUCGGUUUAUUUUUCGAUGCCUUCCUGUUAUUUAGAUGGAAAAACGACCAUACAGAAAGAAAUAUCUCAACCUGGAACAACAACUGAUAAAGAGGAAACGUCUCUCGGUUUGCCGUCAAUUAUACGAAUCUCUGAAUUAGAAAACUUGGAAGUGAACUAUACAGGUAACAUUAAAAAUUGAUCAUACUGGAACAACGUCUUUGCAUUUUAUCACGAAUAUAUUCAAGCACAUUUUUCUACUUGCGAUUUGUCAGUUGUCUGUAUCAUGAUUAAGAUUAUGUGGAUGUAGUGCACACAUAUUGCACAUAUGCAACAACACUAAUGUGAUCUCAGCGAAACUAUCAACAACGGGAUUAUUCUUCUGAAUGAUCUCAUUUGCACAAAUCCGAGGUAUUAGCGAACCUGACAUUAUCUGUCUCCUUAUUUCGAUUGUAUCUCGCUUCGACCUAACUCUUGGUUCUAUUUUCGCAGAUGAAUAUUUCGAUUGAUUGAAAGUCUGUAAUGAUUUCGAUGUGUUUGUUAAUUGCUGAUUUAGUUAGGUGUCAAGUUAAGGAGAGAUCCUAUGGUGUACGUAGUAUCCUUUCUAUCAAGGAUUUCAAUAUCUUUCCAGUCAAACGAGUAUUCACAAAUGUUCUUAUGCAAUGAUCCAAACGAAGAUUUAUCAUAACGUUUUACUGUUAAUUGAUGUUCAUGAGGACAAACAUCAAGGAGGCAUCAACGUUGUUCUAUAUUGAGAUUUUCGUCAUUAGAACGGUCUAUUUAGUAAAUGACUUUUGGUUGUUUGCUACAGUCGUUUCGUACUGUGGUUUGCCAACGAUUACUAAUAGUGUAAUUGCUGGCACUUCAACUACAUCUGUCAGCUGUCAUACGACGCAGUCGUUAAUCCUUAUUUCUACCGACCUGUUUGCCAUGUUAUUUGAGUAUGCUUACAUAAAUGCUGAAGUAUGUGAUGAUAAUGUUGCUUGUGGAAACAAUGGGAAAAGGGUGAUCGAUCAAAUCGACCAGUCAAAUCAACUCCUGUAAGCCCCUUCAACGAGAUGCAAACCACCUACUCCACCUCCAACUUUCUUUUUCCUAAAGUGAUAAUUUAAUUGUACUGCGUAUUUGUUUCAGUAGGAACAGGCAAACAUAAUGAUAGCCGUCUAUUUUAACUUUGUUUGAAGUUUAUUUAUAUCAAUUUAUCACUUCAAUUUUUCUAACCACAAUUCAUUUGCAGUUCUCACUGAUGAAUAUUACUUAAUUGUCUUUCAAAAUAUAGGUCACUGUAUCUAUGCUUCGUUUCCAUCUGGUAAGUUGUGAAAUAUGUCGCUCAAUGCAUAAACGUUACCAUGGGAUUCACAUGUUGUACAAUGAUCACAUGGGACUGAUGACAUUGCCCGUAAUCAUUUACCGUCAUGUAACAUUACUCACCAUUACUCCUGAUUAUUCUUGACUUUCAGUUUGUUAUGGCAAAUUAUUGUGGUGCCCUAUUGCACCGAAAUUGUCUGCCUUAUAAGUAGAUCAUUCAUUACAACUUAUAUUACUGUGGAUUCCACAAAUAUGAUUCUCGGUGAUUGUUUAUCUAGAUUGCGUAAAUGUUAAGGAUACCUGUCAGUAUCUGUUGAAAAUCGCUUUUCAAUUUCAAAGUGGAUGCAAGUGAAUACGUAAUGGAUAUCGUAUUCUUCCUUUCCUCCCUUGAUACUAGUAGCCUGAUCAAACCGUGAGUCUCUGUGAAAGUAUUGUGAGUGAGAAAAACAAUCGGAACACAGAACACGACCUAUUAGAUUUGUAUGAAACCGGAACGGCAUAAACAUAGCAAGCAGUAGAAAUACCUUAUCCAUGUGAUAAUGUCUACAUCGUGGAACUAGACCACCAACCACAAAUACUUCAGCAUAACUUGUAGAAAUACAAGAAACCUUCGAAUCGGAGUCAGGUUCACUCUCAAGUCGAGGUAUACAGACUCUCUUAAUUCACAACGAUAAGACCAUGUGGCGUCGGUUUUCAAUAAACAGAUGGGAUAACCUGUUUAGGACGUCAAUGAAAUAACUUUUCAAACAAAAUCUGUUAACAAUUUGCAAUAUUGGUGAUUUGCUCUCAAUAAACCAUCCACUUACUGUUGAUAUUCUCUGAAUCACCAAAAACAGACUGACAGUUUGUUAUGCCCUUUUCAAGCUGGUCUCACCAACUCACUUUCACAUCAAGUGCUGUCAAAUCAAGUCGACAAUAUUGAGACUGUAGACAAAAGUGCUGUAUACAGACGUCUGUUAUCAAUGUAAUUCGAAUAUGUGACGACCGUUACAGGGUCUAACGCAUUUCCAUUCCUUAAGGUCACGACUUAUAUUCAUGAAACGCGAAUCAAUUUGUUGGCUAACGAAAUCACGAUUUCAACAGCCGAUAGACUCAUGCAAAUAUUUAUCGGUUGAGGUGGCCUCAUCAAACAACAAUACGGCAAUAGGGAGUAUGCAUGUCGACAAAAUUGUUACGGUUGUAGUUUCAUUUCAUGAUCUUCACUGUUCACUUGAUUUACAAAUUAACAGAUCAGUCAAAUGAAGAGUGACAAGUGAGUAGUGAAUCGUUGUGUUAUAGUUGGAUUUUAACAAAUAUCUGUGUUUUUAAAUCUAUCAGUAGUUUCAAGUUUCGUUGAAAAGUGAUAGUAGAUAGACAGUUCAUUUAAACAUGACCAUGUAGCAUGAUAGUUACUGUUCAUAAAAUGCUUUCAAUUUCGAGUCACAGACUGUGGUUGUUGGAUGAAUAUGGUUCGAUCAAAAUGUUUUGUAACCAUUUGUGAAAAUGUGUUCAAUUUGGAUGUGAUCAACAUUCAGUUGUCAACAUCAAUGUUACCCGUGCAAAUCGGUAAUUGUUCCAGAAUCGCUGUAUACAUGUGCUCUCAAUAUGUGCAUAUUCAUUCAGACGAUUAUAGUGAAGCAGAAUAUUUGUUUUAGUGUUGCACAAAUUGUGAUAGGACACAAUUGUUGUCCACCGAUCAAACACAAUUGACAAAUUAACGUUGAACUAACCGUCAUCUAAUCCCUCGACUACAAUACUCAUUACCAUUGAUUAAAUUUACACCCUCCUUUUUGUUAUGUCAUUACACAUUGCAGGCUCGGUUAUCAGUCUCAUUCAAAGGCAUAUUACUACCAAGAAUCAUCAAAGCUUUCAUACACUUUUCUUUCAGAUGACCCAAUCAAAUCAAAUUAAAUAAACACUGUUUUAGUCUGUAGUAAACUUAACAAUAUUCUUGAAUCACAUUCUGUAAUUUUAACACACAAUACAUGGAAUAUGGUAAUUAAAUUGUUGACUC